UUAUGGCGAGAUACUUCUCCAUUUAGCGCCUCCAGCCGCGCCGCUCCCCGGGGAAACGCGAAACCGUAAUGGCCGCCGGCAGAAGUCUCACCUCGAGACUUUGCUCCCUCGUAAAAUCGAUUACACGCGGACAAACCGGCUGCAAAUGGAAGAACAGGGAAGCGUGGAGGUGAACCUAACUCCUGGGUAGGCUUUUUAAGGGAAUUCAUGGAUAUUAGGGGGUAUUCUAUCUACCUGGUCCGAGAAAAUUGGAAGUUCACCGGGUUCGGACUUGGUGCUUCUCUUUUCUCCAUAGUUCAGCGCUAGGAAAUAGAUCUUCGAGGGGAGAGAGGGACUCGGGAGGGGGAAAAGAGGGCUAUUAAUAGAAUAACGAUUCUUCUGAUGUAUUUAUUGGCUGUUGCAUUAACCGUUUACGAGAGAUUUCAUUAUUCGGUGGCGUGCUUCGAGGUAAGGGGACUCGUUGGCUGGGCAGUUUCUUAGAUCAAAAUCCUGGGAUGUAGAGGUUUAUUAGGUCACGGCGGGGUUUCUACGUUAUUUAAGGAAACGUCCGAGUGGUGGGAGUCACCGUGCAAGUUGCAUAGGCAUACGUAUUCACUCCGUGCAGGUCGACUGGUGAUAAGAAUGGACGCAUUCACGGGACCGAGUUUAAUCUCCUUGGUGCCCCUCGGGUCUCGUCGCGUUGUUAUAAAAGUAUGUUUCAUCCUAAGCAUGUAGUAAAAACCUAGUACAUACGCGGUCAAUGCGUAAUCAAGACUUAAGAUGAAAACAAUUCCAGAAGUUCUGCAAUAUCUUUUAACAAACUCUAGUUCUCAUAAAGCUGAGAUUAAUUUUUAGUGGUCUAACCCAUAUAAAUAAUGGCGAUACUCGAUAUACCUAGGACUUAAGUUUCAUAUUAUUAAUACUACCGAACCCUUAAUUUAAAAAAACUUAAAUAUCAAGGCCUUUGUGCUUGAAUUAUAAUAAAAACGAUUAUUUCAUACAUUUAUUAAGGAAAAUCCGAAGUCAAGCCGACCAGAACAGAGCACUACCGCCAUCUGUCGGAAACGCGUUGAACUCUAUCCAGAUAUGCCCCUUGAGUAUAUCCUCAGGAUUACAAGUUAAUUCCAGGAUACUCAUCCCCAAUCAUAUAUACAGACACCAGAUAUAUUAAAUAUUUAACGAACAUCCCCCAACUGAGGAAUUCUAUCCGCCGUAGAUCCCGUCUAAACAGAUUCUUCCCAUGACCGAAGUCGGUACGAUCACAUCUACGUCCCCUGACCCCCCCUCAUCAAUCUACCCCAAAUCCCAAAACGCAGCGAUCAUUCUUACCGACAGCCGCGCCCUGCAUCCCGCCGCGCGCACCGACAGCGUAGACGAGCUUCCCCCGCCGUCCGCCAGAAUCGCCGGGCGCGCGCGCAUCGCCUGUCCCUCGAGUCCGCAAGAUGGCGGCGGCACAGCGUCGUCGGUCGGCGUGAAGUUUCUCCUCUGGAAGACUCGGUAUCCUCCGAGGUUUCCCGUGUCACCGUCCCGAGUCUCUCGUCGGCCUCCGAGGUGGUGUCUUAUCUAAUCGACGGAGUAGAUUCGCGACCGCGCCGAGAACCGGGAGGGCGAGUCGAUCGCGGUAUCGCCGGGAGUGCGGAACGGGAGCUGUCGGGACUCGGCCUGGGUCAGAGGGGACCGUGCCGUUCCUGCCCGAUCGAAGGGGUCGCCGCGUCGAGUGCGCCAGCCGGAGAGGAGGAGAGAGCGCGGCGGCGGCGCGUGGGCGCGAGAGAGAGCCGACCGGACGCGCGAAGGAGGCCGAGCUGUGCGCGCGCGCGCCACUCCGAGAGAGACGCCCAGAGGAUACGCGAGAGGGUGCGCGCUAAGUGGGGAGUCGCGAACGUCCACUCGGCAGGGAGACCGACGCCGCGGCGUGUAAACAGAUCGUGCGCGCGCACGCACGAGAGGUCGCGCGAGCCGAUCGACGCGCACGCGACCGGGCCCAAAGACAGGUUAGGACCAGUCGCGCUUCGAGCUGAUCCCGCAGGAGGCGACCCUUUACCACGGAUUGGAAACCCUAGACCAUGUCCGCAUCCCACAAAUGACGGCGCCACGCUGCGGGGGAAAACUCGGCCUCGACUCGACGGCAGCCUAGGAGAAACGUAAGACGUAGUCAGUGACGUCAUGCAACGGAGGGUGGGUCACAGCAAUUAUGACGGCAAAAUUGCCGGUCUCUACGAUCUCGAGGAGACCUUAGGACGUGGACACUUCGCCGUGGUGAAGCUAGCUCGCCACGUCUUCACCGGGGAAAAGGUCGCUGUUAAGGUGAUCGAUAAGAGCAAGCUCGACGAGGUCUCUCGAGCUCAUCUCUUCCAGGAGGUGAGGUGCAUGAAGCUGGUGCAGCAUCCGAACGUGGUGCGUCUCUAUGAGGUGAUAGACACGCAGACGAAGCUGUACUUGAUCCUGGAGCUCGGCGAUGGAGGGGAUCUCUAUGAUUACAUCAUGCGACAUGAUAGCGGGCUCAGUGAGGAGGUGGCCAGGACGUACUUCCGACAGAUAGUACGAGCCAUAUCGUACUGCCAUCGGCUGCACGUGGUGCACAGGGACUUGAAACCUGAGAAUGUCGUCUUCUUCGAGAAGAUCGGCACCGUCAAGCUCACGGAUUUCGGGUUCAGCAAUAAAUUCUGUCCCGGUCAGAAACUGGAAACCUCCUGCGGCUCGUUGGCAUAUUCGGCACCGGAAAUCCUCCUUGGUGACAGCUACGAUGCUCCAGCUGUCGAUGUCUGGUCGUUGGGCGUGAUUCUCUACAUGCUGGUGUGUGGGCAAGCACCGUUCCAGGAGGCCAACGAUAGCGAGACCCUGACCAUGAUCAUGGACUGCAAGUAUUCGAUACCGGCUCAUGUCUCGGAUGGGUGCAAACGACUUAUCGCCCGAAUGCUGGUUAGGGAGCCCGAAGGUAGAGCGACCCUCGAGGAGAUAGCUUCGGAUCCUUGGUUGGCCAUGGGGUCCGACUCCGAUCCCGUGGAAGCUCUGCCUCUGGUCUCCCGUCAACAGGUAUCCGACGACCACCACAACCUGAUCAUCACCAAGAUGGUCAACGGGAACAUCGCCACGAAGGAGGAGAUCCUCGAUGCUCUCGAUAAAAACGAGUACAACCACGUAACUGCGACGUACUUCCUGCUGGCCGAGAGAAAACUACGAGCACAGCGGCAAGAACUCAUGCAAACGAAUCGGCCCGAGUUACUCGAGGUUCCUCCCAGUCAUCAGAACGACCACGCGACUACUGGUAUAUGUGGAGACCAGAAUACCCUGAACACCGUCAACCAGUCUCUCCUGGGAGUCCCAAGAACACCUGGAGAUGUACCGCAGAACGUUCGAUCGCGCAAGUGCAGCAUCGUCCAGGAGGAGGAGGACGAGGACGACAUGUCCUCUUGCUCGGGAAGGGACGAGCGUAGCAGCAAUUCCGCCUUGAGUUCGUUUAACCGUCGAGGUUCGCGGUCGGAGGGGAAACUUUCCCACGUCCUCCAGGAGAGGCUUUCUCAGCUCCCGGAGAAGCUCACCGCCCACAAGACGCCGGUCCACCACGGGCAUCCUCGUACCACUCCUCUGAACAUAGUCACGACGGUCUCACCAGCUCGCGACGACGUAUCGAAGGCAUACUCCUCUCCGAAGAGCAAAGAAGAGUCGUCCGGUCUCACGGCAGUGGGCAAGCCUCAAGACCUAGUGGGCAUCGACAAGGUCUUGGGGAUGGUCAGAGUCAGUCCGUGUGACGAGAACGUAAAGAACAGACUGGGAUCAGCAGGUCUAGGGCUAAAACAAAGCGCCUGGACGAAGAAAGUCGGCGGCAACCUGGAGUCGAGGCCGAAGUCUGUGACGGAGUGCAUGAAAACCGGACCGCUACCCUCGAACAAGUGGCGGAUGGGUGCUAAGCACCAAACGUCGAUCCCACCUCCGUCAGAGGUCGCGGCUUCCAAGACGGUCGCUAGCAAGCCUACACCUACGACCAUCAUCCUGACCGAGUCCUCGACCGUUUCGAUACCACUUAGGUCUAACAACACCAUCGGAGAGAACCAAAUGGCUCUGCCCAGGUACAAGACGAUGCCCUCCCCGACGAGCGCCACGUCCCCUCCGCAGAUAACUCUGAACGAGAUCCUGGAGGACGGGGACGCGUCCGAGAGGAGUACCCCUGAAAGUGCGGCAAAGUGCAGGGUGGUCCGACGUAUGGGGUACGAACAGAGGCGCAGCAAGUUCCACAAAACGAGGACCACCUCGUGCUCCAGCUCGGACGCGAGCGACGACGACAGCGAGGGGAGGAAGAAGAGGGCUCACAAAUUGGGGGGACCCGGGAAGCCACUGCCAGCUCGUCGGGACAGUCACGACGACUCCAGCGACUCGCAGGAUCCUGGAGGUAGCGGAGGUGGUGGUGGUAGCGGAAGGGCUGGGAACGGGGAAUACGCCAGGGGGACUGCGUCGACCGAUGCAGGGGAGACCGGGACAGGGGGCGGUAACAACGGGGGCACCACGACCACCACCACCACCACCACGACCACAACCACCGGUGGCACUCACAGGUGCACCGAUAAUCAGUCGGUUUCCUACGGCAGGCGACAUCGAGCCGGACGAAGAAGGGCUGGCGAGACCCGGCUCAGGGAAAGCCAAUCGUUGAACCGCAUCACCGAGGUGCAGGAGGCCGAGGCACCCUGCCACGUGCAAUCUCAGAGCCAGCAUUCCGAGCAACCGAGCACCCUCUCGUCGAUUUCUCGCCCGGUACCGGUGGUCAGCCAGUCGCAACAAGGGGCCAACGACAACGCUCUGUCCCAGUCGACGUCGUCGCCGGUGUCCCACACCUCCGCCACGGUGCAGAAGGCCAAGGGAUUCGGUGCCAGGCUGCUGCAGAGCUGGACCCUAGGUAAGUCCACCGCCAUCUCGGAGAGGAUCAUCACUGGCAACGCGGGUGGGGAUAAACGGGGCCAGAACGACUCCAAGAAGGACGACGACAAGAGGAAGAACGGGUACUGCUCCAAGGAACAGAAUGGAAUCGCAAGGAACGACGAUGGCCGCAGUGCGGUCAAUCGCUCGGAGUGCAAGAGCAAGAAGAUGAAGCUCCUCACGCGGUACUUCGCCGUCCACAAGAAGCUCUGCGUCCCUCUGCCUGGCCUCUUCGGGAAGGGCAAGCUGUACAAGGCCAGGUCCUGCGGGAACAUCGCCAGGGAUCGAGUCGCCCCUCCUUCACCUAAGUCCAUGCUAUUGUGUGCCGAUGACAAAUGGCGGGAGAGGCGUCAGUGGUGCGACGUCAAGCACCAGCAUCGCGGCAGCGAUGGGGACAUCAAUCAAAACCUUGGACUAGGCCACUUUGUCCAGGACAGUGUCAACAAGGCUUGCACAGGGCUCCCGGCCGUCUGUCACGUGCAUCUAGGAGAUGCUUCCAAAUGCUGCAGCCUCUGUUGAUAGUUUGCCCCCGCGCAGUUCGGCUCGGUACUUCCGGAGGUAUCUUGACGAAUUGUUGCGGCGCCCCUUCCAUGGCUGGACAUCGUUCCUCGCCCCUUGGCCGAAUUGGAGUGACCCAAGGACGAUGAUCUCGAUUCCCUGUCUCGUCCUAACUACUACUUUUAUCUCUGGAGUGCAAUAGAUAUGUCUAUUCGGUGGCUGGGGUAUCUCCAACGGAUCCGCCUACGCGCAUUCAAAGUUCUAGGCGAGAGAGAUAUCACGAUCUAAGGUCCGCAGGAAACGGUCUACCCGUUUUUGGGCUCACUCCAGUUCUCCGAUCACGGUUUUUCGGUGGUCCCCCUCAUCCGAAUAUCCAAAACUUUACCCACGUCGUGCUAUAUUAAGGACCCUCCUCGUCGUAGUCGCUACUGCGUCGUACAACACACUGCGAAACGGUGUAUCUAGUCCGUGUAUACAAACCUGUAUUAAAUAUUGCAGAGUUUAUCAUGAUCGUAUAUUAUUAUUAUUUUUACUUUUUAUUAUCACCGGUUGCAAUAAGAGUAGGUGACGAUCGUUAAUUUAAUGUAAAUAGGGGGAAGUGCCACGUGGGACGGCACGUGGGGAGGUGUUUUACGCCAUUGUUGACUUGGCAUCGACUUUUCGGGUCUCGGUGCCGUAUCUUUUUUUUUUUCUUUUUUUUCUUGUAACCUCCGGAUCGUGUCGACGAAGUCUCCCGGGAUAUUCGGUGCCCUCUUCCACGGGAAAUAUCGCAGGAAGAUCGAGUCCGGAUUAAUGUGGCUUCUUAGAGACUUUUCUUACUUACAUACGCGGUACGUGUAUGACCGAUUAACCGAAAGAGCGCGAGUCCGUUCCUCGAAAAAGUAUAUUGCUCAAAGCCCUUUGAUAAACUUUCUACUCUAUGGGAAAAGUAAUGUAUACAUGCCAAGUAACAUCUGAAUGUAUAUGUUCGGAUUUACGUGUAAUAUAUAGGGUCCCUCUUGUAUUAAUAUACGAGGCCUCAAGUCGCGCUUUACGUACACUUUAUCGAUACGGUACAUACUCCCGGACCUGCACCAAUACUACGAGGCUUCCUCUUAGGUAAUUGUAGUAUAUCCUGACUUUAUCGUGUAUACGAUGGUCACAUUACGCAUACGCGUAAUUAUCGUCAUAUGUAUGAGCACUUUGUAGCGGAGUGUGCGCCAGUGGUCAUGGAAAAGCCUCGGCUUCGAUGAGAAAGACCUUAAUGAGAACUUUUAAUUACCACUGUUGUAUCCAUGUAACGUAUGUACUCGACAUUCGGAUCGUAACGUUGCCCUAGGUCAUGCACAUUUUGUUAAAUCGCUCCUUUUUAUCUACAUUAUCGGAGAAUCUAGACCUGCGCUGCAGCCGAACUCGCGAGGCCGCUUCGUGAUAAACAAUUAGCGGAUUAAACAAUGGAAAACAUGAGCACGUGGCAUGUUUAACUUCCAGAAGACUAUAACGAAGACGCCGAUCCGGAGCUCGACAUGUUUUGUGACAUUGUUUAAAACAGGCAAGCCAAAGGUCUCUACCUCGGAGUCGCGACUCGUCAAUCCUCGUCCUUAAUUAAUUAUAUAUAUAUUUAUUUAUUAAUCCGGCAUGUCGCUUACGAGUCACGGGUAAUUAUAAUUAAAAGCGCCCAAGAGGGAGAGAGAAGUCAAGCCACGUCGAGUUCACAAAUAGACUUUACAUACGAUUGUAACAUCUCUGUACGUUGAUUUUAUAUCCUUACUUCGGUAUCUGAUUCUUAUGUCUUAUUGAAUUUAAUUACAAAUAGUAAUGACUUGCUGAAGGACGAGGCAAUUGAAGGGUCGGUACGUCGGGAGGGACGUGUAAACGCAACUGACUGUAUUUACAUGUGUAAGGCGCAUUAGUAAAUGUACACUAUAGAGCGUAAAUUAAUAAGUGCUCCGAGAAAGGCAGAAUCUUACUCUAGGAUUCGCGGACGUUUUUUCAUGAUCUUGCUUAACGAGACAUGUACUCGACAAUUCGACCUCACCAGCUACGGUCGCCAUGCAAUUGAGAAUGCCUUGAGAAUACUUAUUUUAUCCGCCUAUCCGGGAAUUCCAGUCUCCCGAAGGAAUCACCUCAUUCGACGAGCUUCUUGGGCGCCAUUUUGGUACCGGACGAAGCGCAAUAAUCGGAGACAAUUUAAUUUGUCCUCGUCCUCUCGGCGAUUCGCGUUUACGUAUAUGCACACGGUGGAAAUGUCGGUAAUACUCCUAGGCACCGAUUAUCUAGGUAACGAGGGAGUAACAUCUCGUAUUUUCAAUUGCAUAACGUAGCUAUGGCGUCGUUAUCGCUCCUGAUAACUCGGCGUCGUCGUCAGUCACUUGCAUAAUGCCGCUCAUCGAAUUACCCCUGCCCCUACUAAUACCGCGAUAAUUAAACUCUCGGGUAUCGAGAGCAUUACCAGCGCAGUAUAUAUAUAUACAUAUUAACGUAUAUAUAUACACAAGUAUAAUGUAAUUAAUAGUGGACAUUCGCGAAUCUACUUACGGAAUCGAUCGGCAGUCCUGGUCGGGAAAAUUUCGCGAUACGAAAACGCCGAUUUCUGCCGAAUCUCUGGGGAAUUCUUCGAGCCGCCGAUUAUAAUAUAUAAAUAUAUAUUAUAGAUAGAGAUGAAUUGCAUCGAUGCCGUUCGGGAUUUCGGAGCAAUCCCGUCAGGAAUCAGCAAUAUCGUAAAGGGUCGCGCAGCGUCCUCGUGAAUCCCUCGUUCUCUCGAACGUCUCCUGUAUUUCUCUUUUUUUUUUUUUCUUCCCUCUCUAUACAUCUUUUUUUACGUAUCCCUUCUCGUCGAACGAACGGAUUUUCCCUAAUUGUUCUCCGAUAUGUCCCCGAUGUCGGUAGAAAAAAAAAAAUGAAAAUGAAAGGCGGAAAUAAGUGACGCCUCCGUAGAAGGCGACGCGUUGAACUCUCCGUAAUUCGGUAUACGAAAAGGAUUUUUGCACCCGUUUUUACAUAUAUACAUAUAUGUAUAUCAUAUGUAUAUAUCCUUCACAAUAGCCCAAGGAUGUUUAUAUGUACCUACUGUCGAGAUGUACGAACCUACGUGUAUAUGUAACCGAGCCAGAAGUUUAUAGAGUAAUACAAGAUUUAUUUAUUAUAA